ACAAGAUGGCCAAUUUAAAAAUUGGUGAUGGACUGGAUGGGAAGAAAAAUCCUUUCCUUGAUUUGGAUCAGGGAGGCAAUGUCAUGGCUUUCUAUAUCUGGAUUGACGGUACCGGAGAAAAUAUGAGAGGUAAAACCAGGACGUUACCAAGGAAGCCCACGUUAGUCAGUGACUUACCAGAGUGGAACUUUGACGGCAGUAGCACUGGUCAAUCAACGGGGGAAAACAGUGACGUUCUUCUCAAGCCCGUCGCCUUUUACAGGGAUCCGUUCAGAAGAGGAGAUAACAUCUUAGUGUUGUGCGAGACGCUGUGUCCGGAUGGAGUAACGCCCCAUCCCACUAACAAGAGACACGCCUGUAGGGAGAGAAUGGACAAAGCAUCCUAUCAGAGACCGUGGUUCGGCAUAGAACAGGAGUACACAAUGUUUGCGUCGAAUGGUAAACAUCCUUACUGCUGGCCCGAGCAUGGCUACCCUGGACCACAGGGGCCUUACUACUGCGGAGUUGGAACAAACAGAGUACACGGACGGAAGAUAGUGGAAGCUCACUACCGAGCAUGUCUGCAUGCUGGAAUAAAAAUAGCCGGGUCAAACGCAGAGGUCAUGCCAUCUCAGUGGGAAUAUCAAGUGGGCCCGUGCGAAGGUAUAGAGAUGGGAGACAUGUUGUGGGUGUCAAGGUGGAUACUGAGCCGGGUAGCAGAGGAUUUUAACGUUGUUAUCAGUUUUGAUCCAAAGCCGAUAGAAGGAGACUGGAACGGUGCCGGAUGUCAUACUAAUAUCAGCACUGAAGCUAUGAGGCAUGCAGGAGGGCUGGUAGUAAUAAAGGAGGCCAUGGCAAACUUUGAAAAGAAGCACGAUGAACAUAUCCAAGCGUACGAUCCCAAUAUGGGGGAGGACAACAAACGGCGACUUACGGGGGCUCAUGAAACAGCCAGUUUCCACAAGUUUACUUACGGAGUAGCCAACAGAGGGGCCAGCGUGAGGAUACCACGACACGUUGAACUUGAGGGCUGUGGAUAUUUCGAGGACAGAAGACCGUCUUCCAACGCUGACCCUUACACUGUAACGAGUAUGAUCAUACAGACCAUGAUCCUAGACGGAAUAGAGCAGAAUCUUAAAGGCUACUCCAAGGGGACACAGACCUUCGGUGAGACCACAUGCAACAAGAAACCCAUUGAUCUGGCUCAGUUGGAGGUUAAGGUGAAGAAGUAGAAAGAAAGAGGAGAAUAUGUAUCAGAGUGGACUUUUAAGGGAAAUUACUUAUCAAAUACCGAAUAAUUUAUCAUCAAAUACUCAACUAUCAAAUUUGAUGAUCAAACUUCAGCAAACCAAAUUUAUGAAUUUUAUUUAUCCAACAUGUCAUUGCCGUGUAUAUGUUUACUUUGUUGUAGAGUGUAGAAGGUAAUUAAUUAUACAAUUAUAUUAUUAAUGUGCGCCUCUACAGUCUUCAUUAUCAAUUACUUGGAACGUUCGACCUGGAAUAUUUUGUCACGUACGAGCAUGUCGUUCAUGAUGCACAUGUGUGACAUGCCAGUUGUUAUUAUCAUUAUCCUUAUUCAAUAUUUUAUGUUAAUUUUUCGAUAUGUUCAUAAUAUUAUAUGGAAAGAGCAAUUUUGUAAGAAUGUGAUUGAAAUUAACCCAAAUCAAGAAAAGGAGGUUUUAUUUUUAAA